AUGAAGCCUACUGCAUUCCUUUCCUUCCUCUUCUUCCUUCCCUUCGCCUUUACCGCCACCGUCGUCUUGGCGGAGGUGGUGAUUGACUCCGACGGCGAUAUAAUGAGAAACGGGGGCACAUACUACCUGUCAUCGGCUGCUCCUAUCGGAGGCGGAGGCAUUUUACCUGAUACCAUAAUUAACCAGGGUGAUCCCAAAACCUGCUCAAUCGCUGUGGUUUCAAAAUUGAACACUGAAGGGUGGGAAGUAACUAUAUCUUCUCCUAUCAGAGCUGGCUUCAUCUCCACCACGUUUCCUUUGAACAUAUCGUUCCCUCGUUUAGGACGUAACGUCUGCACCGGCGAUUCAAGAGAUUGGGUCGUCAAAAAUUCCCUUCCUGUUGGUCAGCCUGUGAUGAUUGGCAGUGCAGAAGAAUUUGGCUCUGCUUAUGUUCCUGGUUGGUUCUUUAUCAAGACCCACGACUCAGAAAAGCAUUACUAUAAGCUCGUCUUCUGUGAGCAAGGAAAAGAUCGUUGUGGAAACAUCGGCGUCAAACUUGAUAAUGCAGAACGACGGCGUUUGGUUGUCACCGAUAAGAACCCACUGGUUUUUAAGUUUGACAAGUUUCACCAAAGCUUCGCCUCCGAUUUGUCUAUGGUGGUGUCAACUGGGAACCUCUAG